ACAUAUGGUAAAGAUACAUGUACUCGCGCAGCUGUGAUAUCAAUUGCACUCCAAAAAAUAAGAUAAAUAAAAAUUUAUUAAAAGUAAUCAAACGUAAAUAAUAGAUUUAACAAUCAACCAAGUAUAAACUUUAAUAAAAAUAAUAUUUCAAAUUGAAAUAUAUAUGAAUUAUUGAGAUGAAUGAAAAAAUUUGCCAGCUAAUUAACUACCAAAAAUGAUCAAGAUUAUAACAAAAUUUUGCAACUAUUGUAUUUUAUUAUUAUUCAAUAAAAACUAUUAUUAUUUUAUAUGAUAAUAGUGUUGUUAAAAAAUUAAUCUAAAGAAAAUAAAAAAGAUUAUUCAAAAUGUUUGGAUCACCAAGAGAAGCUGUACGUGUAAAAGUUAAGAAGUGUGAAACAAGACAUCAACCAGAGUAUAGAAAAUUCAGUGUUGAUCCACAAAUAACAUCAAUUGAAGUAUUACAAAGUAUACUGAUAAAAGCAUUUGACAUUAAAGGUGAUUUUACAAUAUCAUACAGAGCAAUUGAUGAUUAUGGAACAGAAACAUAUUUAUUUUUACUUUCUGAUUGGGAUUUGGAUGCAGCAUUUAUCAGUGCUUCAGAACCAUAUUUAUAUCUUCAAGUAAAUUUAAAACCAUUUGGUGAAUCUGGUGAUUGUGAUUGUGAUUGGGAACAAAAUAAUAGUCAAGAUAUAACAACAAGACAACAAGAUUCAUUAUUUCCAUAUAAUUAUAAAACUCAAAAACUUCCUGGUUUAAUAAUGAAUAAAAUGGAAAAAACAUUAAAUUUAGUACAACGUGCACUUGGAAAUUUAAGUGAUGAAACAAAUCAACAAAAUAUACAACCACCAAGACCACCAUUAACUGAUGCUGAAUUUCGUCGUUUUUUAGAUCCAAUUGGACAAGUUAUACAUUCAAAAGAAUUACGUGCUGUUAUUUAUUUUGGUGGUAUUGAACCAAGUUUACGUAAAGUUGUAUGGAAACAUAUAUUAAAUGUAUAUCCUGAUGGUAUGUCAGGUAAAGAAAGAAUGGAUUAUAUGAAAAAAAAAGCUCAUGAAUAUCAAACAUUAAGAGAAAGAUGGCGUAAUUUAAUACAAAAAGGUAAAAAUAUUGGUGAUUUAAGUUAUGUUACAAGUAUGGUAAGAAAAGAUGUACUUAGAACAGAUAGACAUCAUAAAUUUUAUGGUGGUUCUGAUGAUAAUCAAAAUACAGCAAGUUUAUUUAAUAUAUUAACAACAUAUGCAUUAAAUCAUCCAAGUGUUAGUUAUUGUCAAGGUAUGAGUGAUUUAGCAUCACCAUUACUUGUUACAAUGAGAGAUGAAGCACAAGCAUAUAUUUGUUUGUGUGCAUUAAUGUGUCGUUUAAAAGAUAAUUUUAUGCUUGAUGGUAUAUCAAUGACUAAAAAAUUUACACAUCUUGCUGAAGGUUUACAAUAUUAUGAUCCUGAUUUUUAUUAUUAUUUAAAAUCACAUCAAGCUGAUGAUUUAUUAUUUUGUUAUCGUUGGUUAUUGCUAGAAAUGAAACGUGAAUUUGCACUUGAUGAUGCAUUAAGAAUGUUAGAAGUAUUAUGGGCAGCAUUACCAGCAUCACCACCAAAUGGUGAAUUAUCAUUAGCUGAAAUACCAUUUCCACCACCAUCACCACCACCAAGUCCAAAUGUUAAACAUAUUAGAGAAAAUGCAUAUACCAAAGUAUGUGCAAUAAGACGUUUAAGUUCAUCAGCAAGUAUUGCAAGUGGAAAAAAAAAAAAUUUACAUUGUGAUGAUAUAAUUAAUCAUGAAGAACCAAGUAGCAUUGAAAAUAGCUCAAAUUAUUUAACUGUUGAUGAAGAUAUAAGCUCAAAAAAAAAUCAUACAAUUGAUGAAACAAUAAAAACAAAUUUAAAUAAUAAUUGUGAUAAUAUUAGCAGUAAUGAUAUUAAAAUAAAUGAACAACAACAAACUGAGAGUGAAAAAAAAUGUGCACGUGUUGUUAAAAAUUUAAAUGAAUUUUUAAAUUUUACAAGUUUAAAUCGUAGUAAAGUUGGACCAAGUGAUGAACGUGAAUUACGACGUGUAUCAAGUGAAAGUGGUGUUAUACGUGUUAUACGUGGUGAUGAUGAUGCUGGUUCACCAGAUGAUCAAACUGAUUUUUUUCCAAUGACAACAUCAAUGACACGUGAAUUAAGACUUGAGCUUGAAUUACUUGAUAGACAAGUAUUUGGACAAUCACAAGAUCCAGAUGAAACAAAAUUUGAUGAAGACAGUGAUAAUUUUAUUAAAAAAAAUAAUAUUAAUUUAGAUAUACCAAUUAAUAAUGAGAGUGAAAUAAUUAAUGGUCAAGUUGAAAAAUUUAGUCCAGCAGCUGAUGUAUUUGUUUGGGAAAAUCCAUUACAUGCUAUGGAGUUGAGAAAAAAUUCAUCUCGUACAACAACACCUGAUGAACAAGCUGAACUUGAAUAUGAUGGUGAAAUAAUGGAAGAUGAAAAUGGUAUUAAAUCAGUAACUCCAAUAAGACUACUAAAGCAAGCAAUUAGAUCAUUAUCAGCAUCUGAAAGUGAUGGAGAUAGCUGGCGACAGAGUCAAACAAUUGCCGAGACAAUUGUACCAACAACUCAAGAACAAGGUGAAGAAGCAACUGAAUUAACAGCAUUAAUUACAGCUGGUACAAGUGAUGAACAAUUAACAACAACAACAACAAGUAAUGAUGGUACACUACCACCACCAUCUGAAUUUGGUGGUGGUAAUCCAUUUCUUAUGAUUCUAUGUAUAACAUUAUUAAUUCAACAUCGUGAUUUUAUAAUGCGUAAUCAAAUGGAUUACAAUGAAAUGGCAAUGCAUUUUGAUAAAAUGGUACGUCGUCACAAUGUAACACGUGUUUUAAAUCAAGCUAGACAAUUAUUUGCUGGAUAUCUUAGAAGAUAUUCAGCACCUGGAAGACCUGAUUAUAUCAGUGUUUAAAUAUUUAAUAAAAAUAAAAACGUAAUAAUAAUUGCAUCAAGUACCACAAGGUUAAUUGUACUUGAUGCUGUAUUAAUUUUGAAUUGUUUUUCUUUUAAAUUCAACAAUUCCAAUAAUUUCCUAAGGCCAAAAGACAUAACAGAACAAUAGAUUGUUAAUAGACUUAUUAUUAUAAAUAAUUUAUUUUAAUUUAUUCAUAAAUAAUAUCGUUUACAUUUUUAUUUUUAAUCAUGUUGUUUUUAUUUACAACUAAAAUUUAGUUUUAUAGUUAAGAUGAAUUUACUUGUUAUUUAUUUUCAUUUCUACAUAAUAAAACAAAAAAUUUUUAAUUAAUUUUGAAUGUGUUGAAUAUAGAAAAAAAAUUAAUACAAAGUUAGAUAAAAUUAUUUAUUUUCGUUUUCCAUUUUGACUCAUAGCAAGAAUUUGUACAAUUCUGAUGAAGAUGUUGACAGUAUCCAUAUAAAUUGCUACACCACUAGAUAAAAAUAAACAAAAAAAAAAAAAGGAAUAAAAAAA